AUGGGGUUUUGGUGGUCCUUGCUAGUUCUAGCACUCGCUUUCGCCAUCUGCAAGUUCCUUCUCAUUCUCAUUCCUCCCAAGGUUCCUUCUAUCGAUGUCGACGCCUCCGAUGUGUUGGACGAUGGGAGCGAAACACCGGACGACUACAUAUAUGUGCCUCCAAGGGGAACGACGCAGCAAUCGAGCGGGAAAGUUCAGUGCUAUGAGCCUGCUACCAUGAAAUAUUUGGGAUUUGUUCCUUCGUUGACGCCUGAUGAGGUUUGGUUAGAGUCACAGUCAUGGGUGGAAGUAAGCCGAGUUGAUUCUAACCCAGCAAAAACACAGUGCAAUGACAAAGCACUUUUCAUGCUCUUGCAGAGCUUACGUGACUUAAUUGGUGUGUCCUUCCAUGAGUUAGGCUCCUGCAAUGCUGACAGUCUGUCAAUCUUUGUUCCUGGUCGUCUCCUAACUUGCAAUCUAAGCCUUUGCUCUCCAUCAUUAUCUGCUGAAACUUGUCUGAGUGGUUUAUCUUAUUAUCCGUACCUAACAUCAGUUCCAAGAGAAUCUAUGUAUUUUAUAUUAAUAUCUUCACGUGAUACUGGAAAGACAAUGGUAGAUGCCUCUUUUGGAGAAAUAAUGACAACAUGUGAGAAGAUAAAUUGGCUACUUGCAGAGGGAGAGAAAUGCCUAAAACCUGAGUACCGGUCCUCUGGAAGAGCGAUGUUUCAUAAGAGAGCCAGAGUAGAAUUUCAUCCCCUUGGUGUUAUCGGUGCCAUUGUGUCAUGGAACUAUCCUUUUCACAAUAUUUUUAACCCUAUGUUGGCAGCAGUUUUUUCUGGAAAUGGGAUUGUGAUUAAGGUGUCAGAACAUGCUAGUUGGUCUGGAUGCUUUUACUUCCGAAUCAUCCAAUCAGCCCUUGCUGCUAUAGGAGCUCCGGAGGACCUUGUUGAGGUGAUAACAGGGUUUGGUGAAACAGGAGAAGCACUAGUAUCUUCUGUUGACAAAGUCAUUUUUGUUGGAUCACCUGGGAUCGGCAAGAUGAUAAUGAGCAAUGCUGCCGAGACACUUAUACCAGUUACACUGGAGCUUGGUGGAAAAGAUGCAUUUAUUGUUUGUGAAGAUGUAGAUGUGGAUCAUGUAGCUCAAAUUGCUGUCAGGGCUGUUCUUCAGUCAAGUGGGCAGAACUGUGCUGGGGCUGAGCGACUUUAUGUCCACAGGAACAUUUAUGCAUCCUUUGUCAGUAAAGUUACCAAAAUUAUAAAAUCUGUUACAGCUAUCAGCUUGUCUUACCUCUGUUAUAGUCAUGGCCCACCACUUUCUGGGAAGUAUGAUAUGGGAGCUUUAUGUAUGCAUGCACAUUCUGAAAAGCUUGAAGGCCUUAUAAAUGAUGCCUUAGACAAAGGAGCUGAAAUUAUUGCACGUGGAAGUUUUGGACAUAUAGGUGAAGGUGCAGUUGAUCAAUAUUUCCCCCCUACAGUGAUUGUGAAUGUGAAUCACUCAAUGAGAUUGAUGCAGGAAGAGGCAUUUGGACCAAUCAUGCCAAUUAUGAAAUUUAGCAUUGAUGAAGAGGUUGUCAGGCUUGCAAAUGAUUCAAAAUAUGGGCUAGGGUGUGCUGUUUUCUCAGGCAGUCAGAGCCGUGCUAGAGAGAUAGCUUCCCAGAUACAUUGUGGGAUUGCUGCGAUUAAUGAUUUUGGUGCAACAUAUAUGUGUCAGUCCCUGCCAUUUGGGGGUGUGAAACACAGUGGAUUUGGGCGAUUUGGAGGUAUCGAAGGUUUGCGCGCAUGCUGCCUUGUAAAAGCUGUUGUUGAAGAUAGAUGGUGGCCAUUCAUCAAAACCGUGAUACCGAAGCCUCUUCAGUAUCCUGUAGCAGAAAAUGGAUUUGAGUUCCAGGAGUCGCUUGUUGAAGCACUAUUCGGACUCAGCGUAUGGGACCGGUUGCAAGCAUUGGUUAACGGGUUGAAAAUGCUUAAUGAGCAGAACACUACAAGUGGCAGCAGAAAAAAUAAAGAUGACUAA